AUGACAGAUCAGAUUAAAGGGGAUGAACAUAACCAAGUAAAUGGUAGUAAAAAAAGAAAGAGAAAGAGAAAUAAGAACAAGAAAAAUGACAACAACACACCAGUAGAGACUUCCGAACCAAUACCGACACCUGUUUAUGAAGAUGAUAUCCAUCGACAAAAUAAAAAGUUCAAAUUCAAUGAGGAAGGGGAAAUGGAGAAACCUCAAGAGUCACCUGAAGAACAACUAGAAUUAGUGGCAGAUCAAGGGGAACCUUGCACUGAAGAACCUUUACCACAACAUGAAGGUUUCGAAGAGAUUGAAGUAACUGACGACAUAGAUGAAACAGAAGAACCAGAGAAUCUUCCAACAAGGACUCAACAAGAAAAACAUCAACACGGUAAGAAUAAAUUUAAACAAAAGCUUGAAUUCAAAAGAAAAACCGUUGUAUAUAAAGAUCAAGAUGAUGAAGACGAUGAGGAAGAAAAUAAUACUUUCAAUUUUUCACAAAAUUCGUUUCAACUUGCAGCCACCGCCCAACAAUUGUUACAAAUUAGAGAGAAAUUGCCCAUUUAUCAUCAUAAGGAUAAAAUCAUUGAAUGCAUUAAUAAUAAUCAAGUCACUAUCGUCAUUGGUGAAACCGGUUCAGGUAAAUCAACACAAAUCCCUCAAUUUUUAAUGCCAGAAAACCCAAAAAUGAUUGGCGUGACACAACCAAGAAGAGUUGCCGCUGCUUCUUUAGCAGCAAGAGUAAGUGAAGAAUAUGGAUGUAAAUUAGGUCAAGAUGUUGGGUAUCAAGUUAGAUUCACUAAUAUGACUAACAGACAAACAAAAUUGAAAUAUUUAACUGAUGGUAUGCUUCUACGAGAAAUCAUGCUUGAUCUGAAUUUGACUAAAUAUUCAACAAUUAUCCUAGAUGAAGCGCAUGAAAGAACUAUUUUGACUGAUUUAAUCAUGGGGUUUUUGAAACAAAUUAUUACUUCUGGUAAAAGAAAAGAUUUGAAAAUCGUAGUUAUGAGUGCUACUUUGAAUGCCGAAUUAUUUAGUAAUUUCUUUGAUAAUGCUCCUAUUUUAUACAUUGAAGGUAAAAUGUAUCCAGUUUCACAAUUCUACUUAGAUGCUGAAUCUGAAGAUAUUGUGGAUACCAUGAUCAGAAGUAUAAUUCAAAUCAAUCUUAAUGAACCCGAGGGGGAUAUUCUUUGCUUCUUACCUGGGCAAGAGGAAAUUGAUAAUUGUGUUAAAAGUUUAGAACAAUUAGCACCUCAACUACCUAGGGAGGCACCAUUGAUUGUUCCUUUACCUUUAUAUGCAGCUUUAUCACCUGGCCAACAAUCUAAAAUAUUCGAAAAAUUACCCAAGGGAAGAAGAAAAGUGAUUUUGGCGACAAAUAUUGCUGAAACAUCCAUUACUGUUUCUGGUGUUAAAUAUGUUAUAGAUUCCGGAUUAAGGAAAAUUAAAGUUUGGAAACAUAAUUUAGGACUUUCUACAUUAUUGACUACCCCUAUUUCACAAGCUUCAGCAAGACAAAGAGCCGGGAGAGCAGGUAGAGAAUCUGAAGGUAAAGUAUUCAGAUUAUAUCCUGAAUCUACUUAUAUGGCACUUCCAAAACAACAAGAAUCUGAAAUUAAAAGAAAUGAUAUUAUUUUACCAGUUUUGACAUUGAAAAAAUUAGGUGUUGAUGAUUUACUUAAUUGGAGUUGGUUAGAAUACCCAGGACAAGACGCCAUUUUGAGUGCAUUAAAUACAUUGUAUACGUUGGGUGCAUUGAACGAUUCAGGGAAAGUAACUACAUUGGGUUAUAAAAUGUCUAUUUUACCACUUCCUCCACAAUUAUCAGUAGUAUUAAUAACUGCUGCAGAAUUCGGUGUGUUAUCACCGGUUAUUGAUAUUGCAUCAUGUCUUUCAGUCGAUAAUUUGAUUACUAAUGUCACUGGUGAAGCCAGAGAUGAAAUCAAUUUCAAAAGAAGACAACAUUGUCCCUUGGGAAAUAUCCAUGGUGAUUUGAUUGCCUUAUAUGAAUAUUUCCAAGCAUAUCAAGCUCAAGGUAAAGAAUGGUGUAAAGAAUUAGCAUUUAGUUUCAAAGGUUUCAAAAAUGUGGAAAAAAUCAAAUAUCAAUUACAGGAAUAUAUGAUGACUACUAUUAAACAAGAUGAUUCAUUAACCAAUGCUGAAAAGGAUAAACAAUUGGCAAAACUCAGGGCACAAUUAGAUAAUGAAGAAACUGAUAGACAAUUGGAUAUUCCUUCAAUCCUCAAAUCGUUUCUCAAAGGUUAUAUCACAAACACUGCAGUUGGUAUGCCAGAUAGAUCAUUUAGAACAUUCAAUACUGGUCAAUUGAUUUCUGUCCAUCCCUCGUCUACUUUAUUCGGGAAACCAAAUAUGGAUGCCAUUAUGUAUAUAGAAUAUGUGUUUACCACAAAAGGUUAUGCCCGUAAUGUCUCAGCUAUUGAAUUAUCAUGGUUACAAGAAAUCGCCCCUCAUGUCAUUGGUGGUGUUAAAGUUAAUAUUAAUGAUUAA